AUGGCGAUUUCACACGAUGCAGAUCAUCAAAGACCGCAAACCAAUGGGGUGGGUAGCACGAAUGGCGUGCAUGGCCAUUCGACUCAAGAGCCGAAGACUCCUAAUGCCUGGUCUGUACCAGGCCCAGCGGAAUUCGACUUUCGAAGCGAUGUCGUUACUACACCUACUGCAAAUAUGCUUGCGGCGAUAGCGGAGACGACAUUGCUUGACGACGUCUUCCUUGAAGAUCCCACCACUACCUCAUUGGAAUCGCGUCUUGCAGAGCUUACAGGACACGAAGCCGGUCUCCUGGUCUUGAGUGGGACAAUGGGCAACCAACUCUCCAUUCGCACACAUCUGAACCAACCACCUCAUAGUCUCCUAGCGGACAAUCGUUCACACAUCAUGGGCUGGGAAGCAGGGGGUAUUGCAUCCCUUUCCUCCGCCUUUGCAAUUCCUGUUUGCCCAGAGAAUGGCCACCACCUCACUCUCUCCGACGUUCGCGCGCAUACUAUAACCUCGAAGGACAUCCACGCUUGUCCUACCCGCCUGAUCUGCCUGGAGAAUACCUUAGCCGGCACCAUACUUCCUCUGUCCGUCUGUCAAGAGAUCCGCCAAUGGGCUCAGGAGCAAGAUCCCCCUAUUGCUUUGCACCUUGAUGGUGCACGACUCUGGGAGGCGGUUGUCGCUGGUGCAGGCUCAUUGAAAGAUUACGCGUCCUGCUUCGACUCUAUUUCGCUAUGCUUUAGCAAAGGCUUGGGUGCGCCCAUCGGAAGUCUGAUUGUUGGGAAUAAGAAAUGGAUUGGAAAAGCUCGUCAUAUCAGGAAGGCAAUUGGUGGUGGCAUGAGGCAAACGGGUGUUAUCACUGCUGCGGCGAGAGUCGGCGUAGAAGAGACAUUCUUGGGUGGAAAAUUAAAGGAGUCACACAUGAGGGCUAAACUCAUCGCUUCUAUGUGGGAGGCGAAAGGAGGGAAGCUUCAGCAACCCUGUGAGACGAAUAUGGUAUGGCUAGACCUUGAAAGUGCGGGUUACGAUAAAAUGAAAUUCGUGGAAGCGGCGGUAAAGGAAGGAGUCAGAAUCAUGGGAGGGAGGUUAGUCGUGCAUUAUCAGAUCAGCGAAGAGGCUAUACAGAGGCUAGGGAAGAUUAUGGAUAGAAUCCUAUGCGGAGAGAAGGGCUUGAAUGAUUCAAGGGGAACGAAGGUGGCUCGAGUGAUUGAAGAGCAGGCGGAGCGCGUCGUAGCUCCAAUUCUUGAGUGA